ACGCUUGGGGAAACAAAUAAUUUUAUUAGUUCUGUUUUAGCAUCUAGGACAGUAAGAAAGUGUAACAACAACCUGACUAUUUGAAACAAUGUUCCUUGAAUUUCCCAAUUCAAAAGACUGCAUAGAGCUAAGAAAGAAAUAAAAGUACUGAGAGACGUUUUGUAUGUCAACUCAAAUCACAAAGGCAGGGCUUCUCUACGGAUGUAUGUAAGAAUUACAUCUACCUUUUGGGUACAGCAGGUGGAACAGAAAGAAGGAAUUCUGGGGCAGAUAUCCCAGAACUAUCCCAAAGCAAAAACCUUCAUAAAAGGUUAUCUCUCCUUGACAGGUGCAAGAGCAGGGAAGUCAUUUGGUCCUUGAGGUAACGUCUAGUUGGGAAGUUACAACAAUGACGUCCGAGCUUAUGGCAAUCCAGGUGACCCUGAGCGCAGGGGCACCCGUAAGACUGCGGCACAGAAAAUACGCUAGCCUGCCAGUCUCCCCUCCCCCCUUACAUUCUCGGGGGAUUGGAGUAGCGUUGGUGUCGCUGACGCCAUCCCUUCCCGCCUCUGGCUCUCAAGGAGCAUGCGCUUCCUUCCUCACUUCCUCUAAAGGAAGGAGAGUAAGGCUACGCCCUAGCGGACCCGCGGCCGGCUUCGCGUCACAGGAACUUCAGCACCCACACGGCGGACAGCGCUCUCCUCCACCUGAGGACCUGACUCCCGAGCGCCUGGAGCCUUUCUAAUCGCUUUACUCUGCAGCCGCGCGGAGCUCCACCGGCCGCUGGGUCCCUGCCACUCACCCUCCCCACACCCUCCCUCCUAGCUCUUCCUGUUUUUACUCCUUCUUUUCAUUCAUAACAAAAGCCACAGCUCAGGGAGCCCGGCGCCAGGCUGUAUCUGAAGCCAAGCGUAGAAGAAUGGGGUUUCUUUGGACCGGCACUUGGAUUCUGGUGUUGGUGCUCCAAAGCAGCCCAAUUCAAGCUUUCCCCAAGCCGGGAGGCAGCCAAGACAAACCUCUACAUAAUAGCGAAUUAAGUGCAGAAAGACCUUUGAAUGAACAGAUUGCUGAAGCAGAGGCAGACAAGAUUAAAAAAACAUACCCUCCAGAAAACAAGCCAGGUGAAAGCAAUUACUCCUUUGUUGAUAACUUGAACCUGCUAAAGGCAAUAACAGAAAAGGAAAAAAUUGAGAAAGAAAGACAAUCCAUAAGAAGCUCCCCAGAUGAUAAUAAAUUGAAUGUGGAAGAUGUCGAUUCAACCAAGAAUCGAAGACUGAUUGAUGAUUAUGAUUCUACUAAGAGUGGAUUGAAUCAUAAAUUUCAAGAUGAUCCAGAUGGCCUUCAUCAACUAGAUGGAACUCCUUUAACUGCUGAAGACAUUGUCCAGAAAAUUGCUACCAGGAUUUAUGAGGAAAAUGACAGAGGAGUAUUUGACAAGAUUGUUUCUAAACUGUUGAAUCUUGGCCUAAUCACAGAAAGCCAGGCACACACACUAGAAGAUGAAGUAGCAGAGGUUUUACAAAAACUGAUCUCAAAGGAAGCCAACACUUAUGCGGAGGAACCCAAUAAACCCAUAAGCGUGACUGAAAGUCAGACUGGAAAAAUACCAGAGAAAGUGACUCCAAUGGCAGCAAUUCAAGAUGGUUUUACUAAUGGACAAAAUGAUGAAACAGUAUCUAAUACCUUAACCUUGACAAAUGGCUUGGAAAGAAGAACUAAAAUCUACAAUGAAGACAACUUUGAGGAACUCCAAUAUUUCCCAAACUUCUAUGCACUACUGAAAAGUAUUGAUUCAGAAAAAGAGGCGAAAGAGAAAGAAACGCUGAUUACAAUCAUGAAAACCUUGAUUGACUUUGUGAAGAUGAUGGUAAAGUAUGGCACAAUAUCUCCAGAAGAAGGUGUUUCCUACCUUGAAAACUUGGAUGAAACUAUUGCUCUUCAGACCAAGAACAAGCUAGAAAAAAAUGUUACUGACAAUAAGAGCAAACUUUUUCCAGCACCAUCAGAAAAGAGUCAUGAAGAAACAGAUAGUACUAAGGAAGAAGCAGCUAAGAUGGAAAAGGAAUAUGGAGCCUUGAAAGAUUCCACAAAAGCUGAUAACCCAAGAGGAAAGACAGAUGAGCCAAAAGGGAAAACAGAAGCCUAUCUGGAAGCCAUCAGAAAAAAUAUUGAGUGGCUGAAGAAACACGACAAAAAAGGAAAUAAAGAAGAUUAUGACCUUUCAAAGAUGAGGGACUUCAUCAACCAACAAGCUGAUGCUUACGUGGAGAAGGGCAUCCUUGAUAAAGAAGAAGCCGAUGCCAUCAAGCGUAUUUACAGCAGCCUGUAAAAAUGGCAAAAGAUUCAGGAGUCUUUAAACUGUUUCAGAAAACAUAGCUUCAAACACUUCUAAGUCUGUGAUUAAAGUAAUUUGAGUCAAGGAUUUUUAGAAAGUGACGAAAGUGCAGUAGUUAACCUUUUAGAAGUGGUCAAACAUAGCUUUCUUGCCAUAAAAACAAUUUGAGAAGUAAAGUUGUAUGUAAGCUGAGA